AUGGACAUGGCAUCAUUAUUAGUGAAGAUAUUAACAUCACUGUCACUAAUGUCCGGAUGUAUAGCGGACGGUGGAAUAAAACAUUUACUGGUGCGCGAAACGGUUGGGAACCAUUUUUCGGAGGUGAUUGUGGACGCACUGCACCGGUACUAUGUGCAGAACCAUUCGUCAACAUUGCUGAUGCGGUUGUCCACCGUCAGCCGGCAGACGUACGAGCUGCAGUCGGACAUUAUGGACGAGGUGAUGCAACGUACGUCGCACAGCAUUGCGUACGAGUACCGGUCGGUAACGUACCAUCGCCCGUCCCGACGGCCACGCAUCUUUAAUCUUGCAUUCAUAGACGGGUACGAUGCGUUCGAGCAGCUGUUCAGUUCACUCGAUCCGGCACAGAACGAUUUCUCCGGGUACUAUCUGAUCGUGCUGACCACGCUCGAUACAGCUCGGCCGGAAAUGCUCGCGCAUAUGUUCACCUUGCUGUGGACGUUGAACGUGAUUAAUGUGAAUAUCGUUACGGCGGACCUACAGGACUAUAGUCACUGGCAGAGUGUGCUGAUGUAUACUUACUACCCCUACACGCCCGCCGGUUGUGAACGGAACGUGCCCCAGCUGGUACAUCGGUUCCGUAAGGGGGCGCGCCGUUACGACCAACGGAUAGAGCUGUUUCCAAACAAGUUGUCCAAUUUUCAUCAGUGCAUUAUCACGGUCGGUACGUUCCAUUUGCCACCGUAUAUGUUGCUGUCGCGCCGUUACGGUCAGCUACGGUACGGUGGUUUCGAGGGUGAUCUUUUGCGUGCGCUCAGCGUGAAGCUUAACUUUACCGUGCGUUUGAUCGAACCGGAAGCGGGUGAACUGUGGGGUCGGCUACCGCCCAUCAACGGGACCGAAGCGGACGCGUCGGGAUGUGUACGAUUGGUACUUACCGAACGGGUCAAUCUAACAUUGGGCCGGUUUGCGAUCCGCGGUGAUCGAAACCUCGUGAUGAAGUGCAGUCGUAGCUAUUACACCGUACGGAUGGUAUUUGCCGUACCGGCUGGUCGUGAGUACACACCGUUCGAGAAGCUGUUCCGUCCAUUCGCCCGCUCAACUUGGUCGUUGGUGACACUGUAUCUACUGGUAGCGCUCUGCGUCAUCUACAUGAUCCGAUACACCCAGUUACCGCAUCUACGCGACUUCGUAUACGGACGUGGUGUAUCCACACCAAUUCUCAACCUGCUCAGCAUACUGUUCGGUGGUGCACUACAACAGCUACCCGUGCGCAACUUUGCCCGCACGUUACUAUUUCUCUGGAUGUACUACUGCUUAGUGGUGCGGACUUGCUACCAAGGCUCACUAUUUGAAUAUUUGCAGGAGCACAAAAACUUCAGCCCAGUGCAAACGGUUGAUGCGCUGGUAGGACAAAACUAUCACUUCUACUCCCUGUACGGAUCUUCUCUCUAUCUGCAGCAGAUGCCCAGGAUACUGUCACGCAUUACCUGGUUAGAGGAUGAAGAUGCAUCGAUUGAACGUCAUCUGUCACGCUUAAUGACCCAGCAGGCACCGGCCACCGCUCUCUUCACCGACAUCGAACGUAUUGCCUACCAUAAUCGCUUUCAUGCACGUGAUGGUUUCGUACAUGUGGCGAACGUAGUACUAGUACGGCUGCCGAUCGGUAUGUACUACCCGAAAAAAUCUUGCCUUGCUAAUCAAUUUGAUCGUGAGAUAGACAGCUUGCUUACAUCCGGCUACGUUAGUUACCAGUUGGCUCGGUACGUGAAUUAUGAUGCGUUUCAGGAACCAUCCGCGUAUCACCAUGUACCGAGACCGCUCACCAUCGAUCACCUUGUCGGAUGUUUCGAAACACUCGGCGGCUUGCUGCUGGUAGCCACCGGUUUACAUCUCCUCGAACUCAUAUCACGCCGGUUCGCAACUGUCCGUACACUGCUUACCUUUCUGCAGACGGUGUAGGAGUGCCGUGUGAUAAUGCUUUGCAAGCGGUACGGUAUAUCAUGCCUACCCUACUAGAAAUGAUGGACGCGUAGUGCGUUUGCGCGCCAUAAAAGAAAUUUUGGUGGGGAGAUGUUUUGCUAUAAAAACGGUUUUGAGCGACAAAAGCGGUACUAACGUUACCGAGUCAGUCGUGUUCCCGACAUUGGUGUGCGAUGAUGUCGUUUCUAAAGUGUCUGUAUUUUCUGAACAUCACAGUCUCUCGCUGUCUUUGAAGCAAACCGUCACAUGCGUUGCAUCUCACUAUGUAACCCAUAAAUGUUUGACUGAUUUUGUAUUGGUUCACUUACAUGGGUUUUCUACUCCUACUUAUAUUUCAAUAUUCUAUUUCUUUUUUUGUUUAUUAUUAUAUUACUUAUAUUACUUUUCACUUUAUUUUUUUUUUGUUAUAUUCAUGUUUUCUUUAUUUCAAUUUUUAUUGUAUCCACAGUUUUAUAAUAUUUCCAUCAGUAAUGUCAGAGUGUUUUUUUAAAUAGCUUGUGAACUAGUCCACGCAAUGAUGAACAGAGUUUUAUGGUACUUGUUAUGGUACUGAUCCAGUGGAUUUAGUUACGCCGGCAUGUAAAGUAUCGCACCGUCUGACAAAACUAAAUUCACAAUAUAUUUUUAAAUUAAAUCUCUCAACUAAUAUUACUACGUUUCAUUAUACUUAGUGACUUAGUGAUAUUCAUCGAAUAUAAUGGUUAGGUAUCAUAUAUUAAUAUUAUAUGUUAGUCCGCAAACAAAACCAUUUUAAUUCUGAAUGAUAGAAAGAUUUGUUGAAGAUCAAUUAAUGCAAUGUUUCAGCUGGAUGUCUUGACGAUUAUUUAUGAUAUUCCAACAUUUUUUAUUAUUGCCUUUAUAUAGAAGCAGCGAUUUCUGUUCUUAAAAUUACUUAAUUUCAAGAUUCACGAAUAUUUUAAAUUCGCCAUUUAGUUGUUAUAUAUAGACUGCAAAUGCAUAUUACAUGAUGCACAGGAUGUACAGACUCUGGUAGGCUUUGUAGUGACAUCCUUUCCUUACUUUGCUCACCACCAGCCACGUCUGGUUUGGAGCUGGAUCGGUCUUUUGUACGUCUUUCGUUGCAAACCCGCUAUACUCCACCGGCCACCUGUCUGGUGGACGUGUUGAAGUUUAAUUAAAAACUUUUUAAUUACGUAACCUCAAGGCCAUUUUCAACAAGUCUACACUGUGCGUGGUAUGUCCCCUUCCCUCCUACCCCAUGGUGGUAGGAUGAGAAAAAGAAGGAGCAACAGUGGGUGGUUUUACCCACCAAUCGUUUCCUUAUGUUAUAUUUCUGUUUGCUCCCGAAAAAUGUGCAACAUUUUGAUAAUUGUGCAAUCGCUCGGCUUUUGUACGCAAUUUUGCUGUUCACGAAUCCUUUAACUAUUUUGUGUAGCGUGCGUGUGUGAGAGUGUAUACACAAUUGUGUAUGACGUUGACCAUUCUUGUACUGUCGCUGCGAGUUGGAAAGGAAUGAUACGCACCUUCCACUUUGCUGUGAACCACAGGAUAAGAAAUUAAUUAUUCUAAACAUUUGGGCGCUCUUUUGACGAAAUAGUUUUUUCCCUCGAUUCCGUGGGAAACUUGUUGCCGAAUUGUUGGAAACAAUGGCAGCGCCCAUGAUUAAGUGUCAAGUGAAAAAUGUUCCCCAUCAUAAGUAUUUGACAGCUGAUUCGUUAGCAAUUUCUGGUUCCAAUUCUUUUGUCCAUGGUGGAUGUUUCUGGGUUGGUAAAAAAACAAAAUAAACAAAAUAAACAAAAAUUCCUAGUUCUCCAUCAUGAUAUUUUCAUAUCUUGAUCGGUUUUAGUAUUGAAAAUGUUAAAAAAAAUUAACUUUCGAUUUGUGUUUCUUUUGUCUGUUUGUUCAUCUGUCUGUGGGAACGUUAAACUGCAUCAUGCCCAUGGUCGUUAAAUAUCGACCACAUGAUGACACAGCGCGGCCCUGUGACCGAAACACAACUAAAUAAAAUUCACUAUUUAGCAGCACAUACUGUGCGCUGCAGCGGGUGCUGAAGUUUCUGUUUUACUAUCUCCGUACGGGAAUUUUCCUAUCGAGUUUUUUUCUCCCCCUUUUUUAUGUUUUUACAUGAGCUUUCGGAAAUUGUUGGUAUGAUCCCAACGCUUGAUGGCGGCACAGAGUCUGUCUGUCAUUUCGGUCAUUUCGUACUGUGGGCGUUUGGGUGUAUGCGUUUGUGGUACUAUUAAUUCGUCCUUGAUGAGGUUGAAGUAAGUAAAGGGAAAGCUAAAGAGGGAUGUAAAGGGAAAGCUAAAGAGGAGCUAGAGAGGGAUUCCAUUGGAGACAAUUGUCCGCGUGCGUUGGGUAAUCAAGUUGGGCUACGCCACGCCAUAAAAACGUAUACACACACAUAUAUAUAUAUAUAUACAGGUGCACGGCGGGACGGGAUGGCGCCCGGACAAACGAAUUGUGAUGAAAAUUUAAUCAAUAUUUACUGUAAAUCGGCACCCUUGGAAAUGGUACGGUUUAUAGGCACAAGGUAUGGUGCCGUUGUGUUACUAUUAAUGUUGCACUACCGUAUCCUCGUUAACUGACCCAUUGUGGGUAGUGGUAAAUCAUCCAUGUAUCGUUAUUAUUACCGAUGUUUUUUUGUUUUUUGUUUUGUUCGGUUUGUCUUUACUUUACCGCCAGUGCUUGUCCCGUGGCGUGCUCAUAGCGUUUCUUUCGGUUUGGUUUUUAAAUCGUAAUAUUUGCAUCCGGUGCGCUCGGAUUUACUCUACUCUAAUACGUGUAUUUAUUUUACAUCAUCCCGGCGGGGGAUGAUGUGUAUCAGUCACGCAAACGGGCGGCAUGCAUAAUGUAUAGCACGGGUCAGUUAUGUGUUAGUUGCUUUUUUGACGCAAGGUAAUGACUUGUGGUUCAUUCACAAAAUUGUUUCAUCAUACACACACACAUGCGAUAAUUGAUGGUGUUGUACUUUUCGCUGUAUUCA